UAGUGAAAAUUAAAUGAUUUUCGAAAGCAAGUUAUUAUUAUUUUAAUUCAGAAAACUUUUGUUUAAAAUUUUAAUAAUGCCACUUUAUGGGAGUGUGAUGCAAGAAAAACUUCCUGUGGUGCUGGAUAUUGGAACGGUCUAUACAAAAAUUGGUUUUGCAGCUGAAGCAUAUCCGAGACAUAUAAUCCCAACGAAGGUUUUUGUGUCUACAAAUGGAAAAACAAAAAAUUUAUUUGAAUAUGAGAAGCUUUCUGAAUUUUACGAUCAAAUGGUUGAUUUCUUGCAGGAAGUAUUUUUUAAAUAUGUUCUCGUUAGCCCCAAAGAUCGAAAGGUAGUUUUAGUUGAGAGCAGCUUUAACCCUACUGCCAUAAGGGAAACCAUUGCCAAAGUAUUAUUUAGACAUUUUGAAGUUUCUUCAUUGUUAUUUGUACCAACUCACUUGGUGUCCUUAUCUUGUUUAGCUGUUGAUACUGCGGUUGUAGUAGAUUUGGGAUAUAAGGAAACAACUAUACUACCAGUUUAUUGCGGUGUUCAAAUAUUAAAUGCAUUUAAUUCACAAGAAUAUGGCGGCGAAAAAAUACAUGCAGAAAUUAAAAAGCAACUUUUAGAAACAGGAGUUGAAGAAGAAUAUUUAACUGAAGAAGUUUUGGAAGAUAUAAAAGUUCGAACUUGUUUUGUAACUACUUUCGAAAGAGCUCAACAAUAUAGGGAAGAAAAACCACCUACCGCCCCGCCAGAUGUUGAAUAUCCAGUUCAUGGCAAAGAAAUAAUUAAAAUACCAGGAAAAUUGCGGGAGACAGUAAUGGAAAUAUUUUUUGCAGAAGAUAAUGACAAUUCCAGUUUACCCCAUCAGAUUUUAGAUGCGAUUUUAAAAUGUAAUAUGGAUAUGAGAAAGAUUUUAGCCGAAAAUAUAUUUCUUAUUGGAGGAACAUCUAUGAUAAUGGGAUUAAUGGCUAGAUUAAAAAGUGAGCUAUUGUACUUAAAGGAUUCGAAUAUAUAUAAAGAUAAGUUAUAUAUUAAAACGAUGAAAUUUCACAAAGCUCCAGCAAAAUCAAAUUUUACCGCUUGGUUAGGUGGUUCCAUUUACGGUGGCACAGAAUCAGUUUUGAACAAAUAUUUAUGUAAAGCAGAUUAUUCAAAAUGUCCAAGGGUACCCGAUUUCAUAAAUCUUGAUGAUAAUAAGGCAUGUUCUUGGUGAUCUUCAUUUUAUAUAAUGAAAUUAAUUUUAACAUGUAUGUAAGUACGUGUGAUAUGGUAGAUAUACGAGUAUAUAAAUGUAUCCAAUAUAUCACCCAAUAAUGAAUUUAACUUUUUAAAUGACACAAUAAUGAAUUAAACAUUCAAUCAAAUUUGUAGUUUUUUAAGUAAAACCAAGAGAAGAAACUUAAAUUUUUUUUAUUCAAUCU